AUCGUCGUUGUUGUUGUCAAAGCAUGGGUUAGAAGAAAGAUGGCGGAAUGAAGGCAAUCUUAUACAAAUUUUUUUAAGAUUGGAAAGGGAUAAUUUGAAAAAAUAGCCUUUUUGUUUGAUAUUCUUGUACCAUUUCCAAUGGAUGAAGAUGAGAUAAGUGAAGUUCAGCACUUUGUCACACCAGGAGAUAUAAUCACUGAGGAUGCAGGUUUUAUGAGAGGUCAUGGGACAUAUCUGAAUGAAAAUAAACUGUUUGCCUCUGUUGCUGGUGUAGUUGAAAGAGUAAAUAAACUUGUCUCAGUUAAACCAUUGAAAACCAAGUAUACUGGAGAAGUUGGUGAUGUGGUGGUUGGAAGAAUUACAGAGGUUGUACAGAAGAGAUGGAAAGUAGAUACAUUUUCAAAACUUGAUUCAGUUUUAUUACUGUCUGCUGUUAAUUUGCCUGGUGGUGAGUUGAGAAGAAGAUCUGCGGAAGAUGAGCUGGUGAUGAGAGAAUAUCUUUCAGAAGGAGACCUCAUUUUUGCAGAAGUGCAGUCGCUGUAUGCUGAUGGGUCAUUGUCUCUUCACACAAGAAGUUUAAAAUAUGGCAAGCUCCCUCAAGGAACUCUGAUAAAGGUCUCCCCGUCACUUAUAAAGCGAUGCAAAAUACAUGUCCACGACCUUCCUUGUGGUGCCACCGUUAUCCUUGGCAAUAAUGGCUACAUCUGGAUAGGCCCAGUUAUGUCUCAGGAAAGUGACCUUUCGCUGCACAGCUCUGAAAGAAUAGAAAAGGAAAUUUCAAAACGUGACAGAGAAGUCAUUGCAAGAUUGCGAAACUGCAUCUCAUGUUUGGCAGAAAGCAAAGUACUUUUGUAUGAUACAUCAAUUCUUUACGCCUAUGAGGCUUCACUAAAAUUUCCAGUGAAAGAGUUGUUACGAUCUGAUGUCCAAGAUGAACUGGUAGACGAAACAAGGGCUAAUCUGCUUCAACAGAUCUAACUUCAUUCGUGCCACAUCAUGCGUGUCACGCCAUUCUUGUUACAUCGUUUGUAGAAAAAGUAUGUGUGAAUGUUUGAUUAGAUGUUGACAUGACUAUUGAAUAAUAUCAUUAAGUCUCGUAUUUGGUGGAUCUUAUUUUAUUUGAUGAAAUUGUUUUAUUCUGCGGA